CCUUUGCGCGGACGCCGCUUUCCUCCUCCUGAGACCCACCUCCUGGUGGGAUCCGGGCUCAGACGCUAAGGGGCGCAGGAUUCCAGCUGCUGCAGUGCCGGGGAUGCUGAAUCACAGCUAAGUAAGAGACGGGGAGGGUUGCCGGUGCGCCCCGGAGCGAUGGCGCAGGGCAGCGGGGACUGGCACAGCUUGGAGACGCUCCUGCGAAGCAGCCUCCGCGUCCUGUGUGAGCAGCAGCCGGGGAGCCUCCCGGAGAGCGACGAUUGCGCUGGGGAAGAGGAGGAGGAGAAGAAGAAGCAGACGACGACGACGCCCAGCGCCUUGGAGACCCUGCCGAUUGAUGUGAAGUUAUACAUUAUGUCCUUCCUCACACCCAAAGAUCUGAGUAAUUUGGGAAGCACCAAUCGCUACUGGAGUAUAACAGUCCAGGAUCCCUUACUAUGGCGUUAUUUUCUCAUCCGCAAUCUUCCUUCCUGUCGUUCUAUUGAUUGGGAGUCAGUCCCUGAUGCAAACAUAUUUAAUAAAUCCUUUUUUGAGCUUCAUAAUAGUGCCUCAAGUGACUACAUGGCUGCGUACAAAAAGUGUUGCUCCUGGAGUAAAAGAUGUCCAAAACCCAGCCAACCCACUUCCGGAUCUGUCACUUCCAUGUUACAGUCGCUGAUCACACAGACAGAGCCUCGCUUUGCAAUGUUUGGGCCUGUGUUGGAAGUGCUGGACGACUCUUUGCUGUACAGAAUGGCGGUGUGUCCGGAGAUUUGGCCGCUGGCUGGUUUUCCUUCUGGACAAUUGCAUGGGAUAGAAUUAGGAGUCACAUAUCAUUUGAAUGGCCAGAAAUUCAAUAUUACACUGUGUACAGAAACCAUUGAGGAAAGUCUCAGAGCAAAGGAAGAGAACACCAGUCCCAUCAACAAGGUGUUCUCUGCAGAGUCCGGUGUUGAUGGGAAAAUGCAUUACAGUCUGAACAAACAUUUAAAAAACGUGUGCAGACUAAUGGAUGGGUUCAUCUAUCUUACAUAUGCUGACACUCAUGAAAGACACAACUGUCAACUUGAAUUUGACGGGCUGGCAGCAAUGCUUGACCCAGUCCUUGGCCCUACAGAUAGACCUCUGCUUGUCCUGUCCUGCGUUUCCUGUGCUGAGAUCGAAAGAAUUCCUUGUGUUUAUAUGGCGCAUCAGCUGCAGCUGAACCUGCUUGGCCCGCGGCCAUGGAUGGUUCAGGACACUGAAACUUCCACCUUGGAUGGACUGGUAGAUGGAAUUCAGUGGCUACUGGAACAAAUCAAAUGUAAAAAUGCCCAGUAACCAGGCUUGUUUACAUUCAUUCACAUAUACAUUACUGCAUGCCCACUUGUGGCAAAGGAGAAUGUCACUAUGUCCUUGGGCAUGAAUGGGUGGAUAAAUUUCUCCCUGGCACAUGUGUGUGUUCACAGUUUCUUCCACUGAUGUUUGUCUACUCUGAUAAGUUACCACUUGGUAAAUGAAUACUCAGGCCUAAUACUCAGACAUAAGAGUCCCCCACUACAAAACUCUAUCAAAUUGGGAUUCAUCUUCACUUUACUGGCCCCCAUACAGUCCACCGUAGGUUCCAGGUCCAACACCUUUGCAGGCGGAAAAGCACACCCAGUUCAGAUGGAAUGGGAAAACAGAGCCGUGUGUCAUCAACAUACUGAUAAUAUACUGAUAAUAUUUUUUAUAAACAGGCGGCCCUGUUUAGGGAAGUUUUUAAUGUCUGACGCUGUAUUGUUUUUAAUAUUCGGUUGGAAGCCGCCCGGAGUGGCUGGGGAAACCCAGCCAGAUGGGUGGGGUGUAAGUAAUAAAUUUUAUUAUUAUUACACUA